CGACGCCGUAAGACCCACCCUAACCCGUGUUGAGUCACUUCUUGUCCCAAAAUUUUGCAAUCGACGCGGAGAAAACAAUAACUCCCACACAGUACAAACCCUCGCACAAUACAUAGCACAUAUGUACAAUAAUUAAGCCAGGGAAAUAGUAAAUAACACAAUAAAGAAACCGAAAGUACAAAUAUCGCAUAUCAACGAGUGAUUUUUCGUGACCCAACACUACACAACCUAAACAACAACAAAUCCAACAAUCAAUUCCUCGACAAAACAUAAACAAUUGAUUAAUUAAUUAGUGGAGUGACUUUUAACGUCGAGAUGCACAAGUGCCACAUGGUCACACCUUUGUUUAUGGAUUAACCUCAAUUGUGUGCGUGAAUUAACGACAUGGAUCAGGUGGAUGGGGACUACCUGGGGUCCUACAGGAGAUUUCUCGUGGAUUUCGUUGGGAGCAUGAAUCCUGAUGAUCAGCUGCCCGUUAAAAUGACGGGUCACGAUGUCAGGGAAGUCGAACUCGUCGGUGAAGUCAUCGAUAUGACGCUACAGUAUUUGGAUCAGAAAUAUUGCCCCCCGAGUCUUCAAUCGCAUAUUGUUCGUCUCGUUAUCGAGGAGAUAAAGACAAUGUGCCGGAAGCAGCCCGAAGCCUGCGGUCUGAGGGCUCUAGAAAAAACGUACGCGCCGCUGAAGCUGAUGCAGGCAGUGACUGGAAAAGUCAACGAGAUCUGCCAGCGUUACCUGGAGAACAGCAGAUUAGCCCUUCUGCCACCGCCACCAGGUAACCCUCUACCCCAGACAACAGUGCGUGCAAUAAGAAACAGUCGUCGAAGGAUGGAGGAUCGUCACGUGAUUCUCCACGAUUUAAAUUCAAUCUUCAGCAUUCAGGACGACUCGACAUCGAGUUACUACGCAGUAUUUGAUGGUCAUAUGGGGCCAGAAGCUGCUGUCUACUGUGCAGCACAUCUCCAUCAGUAUUUAGCCGAGAGUGUUCAUUACCCAACGGAUCCAGAGAGAGCACUGCGCGAUGCAUUUAUCACGACUGAUGCACAUUUUGUCCAGAAGUGUCAGGAUCACGGGAUCAACAGUGGUGCAACAGCUGUUUGUGCUCUGAUUGUCAAUAGAAAAUUGUACGUUGCGUGGGCUGGGGAUUCACAGGCUGCACUAGCCAAAAGAGGAAAUGUCACUCAACUUGUCAAUCCACACAAGCCAGACAGAGUCGAUGAGAAAGACAGGGUGAUCAGGAUGGGCGGAAGUGUGAUGCACUACGGAAUGUGGCGGGUGAACGGAAAUCUCGCGGUAUCACGAGCGAUAGGUGAUCCUCAGUACAAGCCCUACGUCACUGGUGAUCCUGAAAUUCGAUGUGUUAUCCUCGAUGGGAGUGAGGACUUCCUGGUGAUCGCGUGUGACGGAUUGUGGGAUCACAUCGAUGAAACAACUGCCGCUGGAAUCGUUUAUCAACAAGUGUGUCGUGAUCCACAGGAUCUCGAAGCUGUGAGUCAGCGAUUGGUCGAUUACUCGAAGAACAAGGGCUCCUUCGACAAUAUAACAGUUAUUGUUGUUUUUCUAACGCCACCUAAUCAGAUAGCAACACGAUUUACCCACAAUCAUCCGCUGAUUGCGGAUGUUGAAUUGAACAAUAUGGAGCCGGACAACAGGUAUUUUUCAUCUCCAACUGGUCAGUACGACGUAAAUUCUGUGAAUUCGAGUUUUGGUAAGCCAGUGAGAAAUCAGAAUAACGGUGGUGCCUUCGACGAGGACGAGUUCACGUAUACCAAAUCAUCGAAUGGCAGACACGAGAAUGGUGCUGUUAAUUUUGAUGAGGAGGAGGACGACGGAGAGGAGGACGAUGACGAUGACCUGGGUCCAGAGAGCAAUGUUGAUGCUGUUGAUGAGGCAGGGGAUGUCUGCACACUCGCCAAUGUCUCCAGGGAGCUCUUCCCUGAGCUCGAAAAGCCACUGGAUCUCCUGGGGGAUGGGGGGCAGGUACCUGGCAACCGGAAUACUGGUGAAAAAAAUGAGCAUGAUGCGGAGAAUGUAGGUGACAGCGAGGACUCCGACGACGAGUGGAAUUACUACAGGGCUGAUCCUGAUAAGGUAAAAAAUUCAACGACUGAGGGAUCUAGGGCUCAGGUGUCUCGGGAUUAUCAGAGGGCUGAUAGCCUCAAGGAGAGGGAGAGAGAGAUUGAAAAAGAGAAAGAGGAAUCGAGUGAUAGCGAGGUAGAGUCUGAGGGGAGGGAAGCCAUAAAAAUCAUCACUGACCCGGAGAUUCGCGAGCCACCAUCAUUAACUCUUCCCUCUCCCCCGGUACGGGAAUCAUCGCCAACCCCCGAAGACAUGGACUUCCAAUUGAAUCCAAACGCAGCCGAGUUCAUCCCAGUGUCACCAGCUCCAAACAUCCCAACGCGUAUCCUGGACAUGCCGAUCUCGGGAUCACCUCUCAAGCCAUCACCAAUGAUGGACGACAUCCGGGUACCAAGUCCCAGUGAAUUCCAGGAGGAGGUGAGUCACAGGCCCAGCGAAAUCGAGGAUAAAAUUGUAUCUCCUCAGAACGGUGAACUUGAGACUGAAAAAACAGAUCCUGAAAAGAUAAAGCAUCUCCUGGACGAGUCAGACGUAUCAUCGACACGAGUUGAAUUCGGCGACGAGUCAACAGCUAGUUUUCUGACAAAUCCCGAUUACCACAGAAAUACUGGCCUCGAUGCCUCAUGCACCAGCUCAUGCUCAGCAUUUGAUAAUGAUCCGAUGAUAAUGUCAUUUGGUCCUGGGGAUUUCAAUCCCUUGACAACUUCAGUUGAUCUCAAUGCAGUUCACGAUUUGACUGAUGCUGAUCUGAUGACGGAUGGCAAUUGUCUAGAUGAUGAGAAAGAUAAUGAGGUGCAUCCUGAGCUAGCUGAUUUAAUAUCACCGGACUCUGAUCAGCCGAAGCCAUCGGAUGCCUUUCCCGAUCACCAGGUGAGAGAUAUAUUUGAUAAUAUCACUCAGGAGAUGGAGCAGAGGAUUGAGCAGGUGAGUCAGCAGAUGGAGGAGAGGAUCGAGGAGGUGAGUCAUGAGAUUGAGGAGAGGAUCGAGGAGGUGAGUCAGGAGAUGGAGGUGAGGCUCGAGGGGAUGAGCCAGGAGAUGGUGGAGAGGAUUGAGGAGGUGGGUCACGAGUUUGAGGGGAAGAUCGAGGGGAUGAGCCAGGAGAUGCUGGAGGAGAGGAUUGAUGAGGUGAGUCUGGAGAUGAAGGAGAGAAUUGAUAUGGUGAGUCAGGAGAUGGAGGAGAGGAUCGAGGAGGUCGGUCACGCGAUGGAGGUGAGGAUUGAGCAGGUGAGUCAGGAGGUGGAGGCAAUGAAUCUGAAGAAUUCUAAUUGCGAGGAGAUUAAUUCGGGAUUUAAUGGAGAGAAAUUGACUCUGGGGGAGGAGAAUGGGGAUGAGAGGCCUUCGGGGGUGAGUGAAAUACCUCUGGAGGGGGAGAAGAGUCCGUUGGAGGUGGAGAGUCCUAUGGAGGUGAAGGAAAAAUCGCAGGAGGUGGAAAGUCCGGUAGAGGUUGCUGAGAAUCUUCUGGAAAUUAAAGAGUUAUCAGCGGAAGUGAAGGAAAAUCCCCUGGAGGUAGAGGUUCCCGACGUUCCCAGUCCCCAAGACGUUGGAAUGCCUCCGGAGGUGAGGGAGAGUCCCCUCCAGGUCCCUGACACCUUCGAUCUCAUGUCCUACGAGACCAUUAAUGAAAAUCUCGAGGAGAUUGAAGGUCAAUCAAUCAAUCAAAUCAAUCGAAUCAACGAAAAUUCUGAUCGUCUACCAGAGACUGCAUUUUCUCCUUCACCAGAGGUUGGACUGAUGGAGGAGAUGGGUGUGGCACCACUUGAAACUUCAGAUGAACCCCAGUCGAUCCAGGAAAGCCAGGAUUUGCUCUGCACCUUUGAUAAACCUGAGGAGCCAGUGAUAAAAUUAUCCGAAUCCCUUCAGGAGUUCACUGGCCUCGAGGAGCAGUUCAAUCCCCUGGAGAAGGACUCGGGUGUUGCCACUCCAGUCGUCGAGGAUCUGAAACCAGAGGAAGAGCUUCCACAGUUGUCAAGUCCUUCACCAGUUGUCGAGGAUGUCAGUGCUCCUCUGGUUGAGGAUAAAGUCGAAGAGGUUUUGGUUAAACCUCUCGAAUCAAAACUUGAAGAACUUUCAGUUCAGAGUGAGUCAAUUUCUUCCACUGAGGUACCAGAGGUUCCCGCAGUUCCAGCAAUUCCGGAGGUUCAAGCAGUGGCACCUCAAGCUGCUGCGCAACCAGAGAAGGAGAAAACGAAAGCCAAACUUACAUCGAAACCAGCAAAACCCCCAACGAAAACAUCAAAACCAGAGGUUAAAUCCCUGAAACCUACGCCAACAUCUCCCAGCAAGGUGUCACCACGUGUUCCCCCGACGAAGAAGCCCUCUCCACGCCCUGCUGUUAAAUCAACAGCACCUGUUGGCACAACAGCACCUCCCAAGCCAUCGAAACCACCAACAAAAGCACCUCUUCCACGAGUUGCACCAAUACCACCAAAAUCCAAACCAACUGGACUCGUCUCUUCCAGACUCACAGCAACGAAGACAUCUGUCACAGAUAAAAAAUCACCAGGUGUUGUCAAUGGUGAUAUCAAAGCCAAACCAAAAGUGGCACCAUCAAAGGCCCCAUUAAAACCAACGACUGAUACAAGACCCACGACAGCUCCUCCAAAGCCCAAGGCACCACUGACAACUGCCAAAACUCUUCCACCAUCCACUGCUGGUGUGACAAAACCACAGAGACCAAAAACUGCCCCAUCCACCAGCACCACAACAACCAGAACGAGGGUAUUAUCGGUGACAGCCACAUCAGGAUCAUCAAAAUCACCAGCUGUUGACAAACAGAUAAAGGAAACUGCCAACAAACAGAUUUCCUCAAGUCGCACCACCAAACCAUCGACCCUGAAGAAAACAUCUGUCACUUCUACCACUUCCACAACCACCACGACGGCAAGACGUGUCACCAGUUCAAUCGCUGCUAAGAAACCAAUUGGUAAAACUGGAAAAACUGGUGUUGUCAAUGGUAAAACUGCCCCCAAGGCCAUCACCAAGGGGAAGAUGCAGAAUGGUGUUUGCGAGGGGAAUGCUGAGGAUGUCAAGGGCAAUGAAGAUGUGCCACAGAAGGAUGUAUCACCUGUCGACACCACCAACGAUAAUCAGCUCAUCAUCACUGCAGAGUAAAUUUUCUUUUUUUUUUGGUGGCAAUUUUUCGGUGGAAUGCCCAGGAAUUUAUUCAGUGGAUUCACCAAUGGAAUAUAUUCGACAAAAUUAAUUGGUGUUGAUAUUAAUAUUAUUAUAUCAAUUAUAUUCAAUUUUAAUAAUAUUAAUAUUAAUGCUUGAUUGGCUUUUUAUUUCAGUGAAAUUUCUGGGGAGUUGAAUUUAAUAUUAAAUGAUUGGGACGUUCCACCGAUGGAUUGAUGUCUUUUUUCUCAAUUGACUGCGUCGAUUUACUUUUUUUCUUUUCUUAAUUACUCGGUGUAACGAGGGGGGAGAGCUUAGGAAUUUUAUACUCGAUGAACGCUUGCAAAUUUUGCUCUGUUACUGUGUAAAUAAUCUAAAUGCCUUUUUGUCUAUCGAUAAAAGCAUAAAUAUUAAUUGUAGUACAUUUUUUAUAUGAACGCCGUGGCAAAUCUUUUGACGAUGUAUUCGAAAUAAUAUGGUGCUCGUUUAUGUGAGCGAAUAAUCAGUUCCCUUUAAUUUUUUGAAAACAAAUUUAGCUGCGAUGAGAAGGGGAGGGAAUAUCUCGCGAUCUAAGAGAGAUAUCGAAAUUUUCGAGGAGAGCAUUUUUUGAAGGCGACGUAAAGGCUGCAAAAAAGAUCACUACAAAAAUUUCGAUAUCUCUAUUAGAUUCCACGAUAUUUCGAUUUUUAUGGAGUCCCAACCCUUUACCUCAUAUUUAAUUGACUUUCAUUUGCAAUUUGAGUUUUGAUUUUUUUUUAAUGUGUUUUUGUAAUGAGAAGUAAUGAAAGUACUAAAGACGAAGGUCGAAAUCCUAGUUAUCAUAGUUAUCGCCUAUCUUAUGCAUUUGUUUUCUUAUUUUUCUCGUGUGCAUUACAUACUCGAUUUAAUGUGCGAUUUAUCGUACUAUUGCUAUUGGAAAGAGAAAUUAAUGGGGAGUCGAGGUUUUAUGGUAAUUAAAAAGAGAACGAAAAGUUAUUAACUAUUUAUUUGUGCGUUCCUGGUAUUGGAGAUGUGCAUUCGAACAAUUAACUAUUUCAUUGAAGAGAUGAAGAA